CUUCCUGUUCUGAUCUGCCUGCGUGUUCUUGUGCUCUGUAAGCUGGCCUGUAUCGUAACAUACGUACUUUUCUGAACGUCGUGUGCGUCUUGUUUGGAUUUGUGCGAAAGGGCCUUUGUCGGGCCGUCAACCAUGGCGGACAUUAAGAACUUCCUGUAUGCUUGGUGUGGAAAAAAGAAGCUAACGCCGAGCUAUGACAUCCGAGCAGCUGGAAAUAAAAACAGACAGAAAUUCUUGUGUGAGGUGCGUAUUGAGGGUUACAGUUACAUUGCCAUGGGAAAUUCUACCAACAAGAAGGAUGCUCAGUCCAAUGCAGCCCGAGAUUUUGUGAAUUAUCUUGUUCGGACGAAAGAAAUUAGUCCUAGUGAAGUUCCUGCUCUAGGGGUCAGCGUACCUGAUGGAGGGAAUGAAGAAGGUGGUGGGUUUGGAAAUCUCCCAUCCAACUGUCCACUACCUCCACAUCUGGCUGUGAAGAAGGAAUCGGGGGGAGAACCUUCUGAGGGUUCUGCACCCGUUCCUGGAGUCACAGGUUUGGGCUAUUCUGGAUUUGGUAACGCCCAAUGGGAGCGAGGAGCCAAUCUGCAGGAAUAUUACUCUAAGAGAGAGGAUCAGGAUGCAAAAGCAACCUUGGAAUCAGAGGAAGUUGAUCUAAAUGCUGGACUGCAUGGGAACUGGACUCUGGACAAUGCAAAGGCCCGUCUGAACCAGUUCUUUCAGAAGGAGAAGAACCAAACCGACUACAAGUACAGCCAAGUCGGACCUGACCACAACAGGAGUUUUAUUGCUGAGAUGACAAUCUUUGUAAGACAACUGGGUAGGAAGGUUUUUGCCCGUGAGCAUGGCUCUACAAAGAAGCUGGCUGCCCAGUCUUGUGCGCUGUCAAUUGUCCGUCAACUUUACCAUUUGGGGGUUGUAGAAGCCUACACAGGACAGACCAAGAAGAAAGAAGGAGAGACUGUGGAUGUAUAUGAAGUGAAUCUCAGUGAUGAUGUACAGCAUCAAAUACACAGUAUUGUGCAGGAACUUGGCAUCCAGAUCCCUCCUCCUCCUCAGGACCCCAACAGUCCAGUAUCUCUGGUGCAAGGGAAGAUGGCUCAGUUUGAGCCCUCACAAAGGCAGAGCACAGCAGGAGUGGUGCCGUGGUCUCCUCCGCAGGUCAACUGGAACCCAUGGACCAGCUCCAACAUCGACGAAGGGCCGCUGGCAUUUUGUACUCCAGAACAGAUCAGCACAGACCUGCUGCAUGAGCUCAACUACCAGCUGGAACAGGACAAAAAUCUGCAGACGAUUCUGAUGGAGCGAAGUCAGCUGCCAGUCAAAAACUUUGAGGAGCAAAUCAUGUCCGCCAUUCACAAUAACCCAGUGGUCAUCAUUCGUGGAGCCACUGGCUGUGGAAAGACUACUCAGGUUCCUCAGUACAUCUUGGAUGAGUUCGUACAGGCAGGAAAGGCAUCUGAAUGCAAUAUCAUUGUUACGCAGCCAAGACGGAUCAGUGCUGUGUCAGUGUCUGAACGUGUAUCAUUCGAGAGAGGAGAGGAGGUGGGGAAAAGUUGUGGCUACAGUGUGCGUUUUGAGUCUGUCCUGCCCAGACCUCAUGCCAGCAUCCUCUUCUGCACAGUUGGAGUGUUGCUGAGGAAGCUGGAAGCUGGUAUCCGUGGCAUCAGUCAUGUGAUUGUGGAUGAAAUCCAUGAGAGGGACUUAAAUUCUGAUUUCCUGUUGGUAGUGUUGAGAGAUGUGGUCCAGGCCUACCCUGAUGUGCGCAUCAUCCUCAUGUCUGCCACCAUUGACACAACCAUGUUUAGGGAGUACUUUUUUAACUGUCCUAUCAUCGAGGUGCAUGGACGUGCACAUCCUGUACAAGAGUAUUUCUUAGAAGACUGCAUUCAGAUGACUCAGUUCGUACCACCACCAAUGGACCGGAAGAAAAAAGAUAAAGAUGAAGAUGGUGGAGAGGAAGAUGUAUGUUUUUUUAGUUGUCAUUGUGGAAGAAACUAUCUCUUUGAUGUACAUUUCUCUUCUCUAUAUAUUCUGUUUUGUCCACAAAUACCAAAUAUGUCAUUCAGGCAGAAAGUGAAGUUGUUCACUUCUCACAACAACAUGACAAACUACGCCACAGUGUGGGCCUCCAAGACCAACCUUGAGCAGAGGAAGGGACGAGCUGGCAGAGUCAAACCAGGCUUCUGCUUUUACCUCUGCAGCAGAGCUCGUUUUGAAAAACUGGAGACCCAUAUGACUCCUGAAAUCUUCCGCACACCAUUGCAUGAGGUGGCCCUCAGCAUUAAGCUACUGAGACUGGGUGCCAUCGGGAAUUUCUUGUCCAAAGCCAUUGAGCCGCCUCCGUUGGAUGCCGUUAUUGAAGCUGAACAUACACUGAGAGAGCUGGAUGCUCUAGACUGUAAUGAUGAGCUGACUCCACUGGGACGCAUUCUGGCCAAACUGCCCAUCGAACCACGUCUGGGAAAGAUGAUGAUCAUGGGAUGCAUCUUUAAUGUUGGAGAUGCCGUGUGCACUAUCUCAGCAGCGACCUGUUUCCCCGAGCCCUUUAUCAACGAAGGCAAACGCCUCGGUUUUGUUCAUAGGAACUUUGCAGGCUCACGUUUCUCAGAUCACGUGGCCUUACUCUCUGUCUUCCAGGCCUGGGAUGAAGUCCGGUGGGUCCAAAUGCCAUCUGUAUAUCUGCUAAAAAUCCGAACUCGAGCCAUUUCUGCCAAAGGAAUGACUCUUGUCAGUCCUCUUCAGCUUAUUCUGUUCGGCACAAAGAAGGUCACCUCCAGUGGAGAAGUUGUUGAGCUUGAUGACUGGAUCAAAUUGAAGAUUCCCCAUGAUAUAGCCGGUGGUGUGGCGGCCCUGAGGGCAGCGAUGGAAGCCCUGGUGGUGGAGGUGACCAAAGACCCAGAAUACAUCCGGAAUUUGGAUCCCACCAAUGAGCGCUUGCUGAACGUCAUUCGGCUUGUGUCCAGACCCUCGUCAGCUGGCAUCAACCUCAUGGUCUCCAACCCACGCUUUGGAGAUGGUCCACGUCCACCCAAGAUGCCUCGUACUGACUUUGGAGGGGGUGGAGAGUUUAGGGGUCGUGGAGGAGGAGGAUACAGAGGUGGUGGUGGAUCCUGGUCUGGUGGGGGAUAUAGAGGAGGCGGAGGAUACCAGGGUGGUGGAGGUGGCUUCAGGGGGUCUGGAGGGUAUCGUGGCGGCGGGGGUGGGUACAGGGGGUCUGACAGAGGUGGCUGGGGUCUGGUGGGGGUGGAUUCAGAGGGUCUGGUGGAUACAGAGGAGGCGGAGAAGGAGGAAAUGGAGGGAGGGGAUUCAGAGGAGGCUGGGGGGGAAACAGGGGUGGUUAUUAAAACUGAACAUCUGAACAAGGAUGUCUUUGGGAAGAUUUAA